AUGACAGUUCUAAAGCAGUUCAGCAUGCUCCUGAUCCUCCAGCUAGGACUAGCUGAGGUGGUGACCCCAACUACGGAACCACCCACCAGGAUUAAUGGUGGACAGCUGGUGAACGAGACUGUGCCCUUCCAGGUUUCCCUGCAAAUGCAGCGUCGUGGUCGGUGGCAGCACUUCUGUGGAGGAUCCAUUGUCAGCGGACAGCAUGUCCUCACCGCUGCCCACUGCAUGGAGAAGAUGAAGGUGGAGGACGUCAGCGUGGUCGUGGGAACACUCAACUGGAAGGCAGGUGGACUGCGACACCGGGUGGUGACCAAGCACGUGCACCCGCAGUACUCCAUGAAUCCCCGCAUCAUCAACGACAUCGCCCUGGUUCGGGUUACGCCCCCGUUCCGUCUAGAGCGAUCGAAUAUCGGCACCAUCCAAGUUGGCGGAUCGGAUCGCAUUGGUGAAAAGGUUCCCGUGCGCUUAACUGGCUGGGGAUCAACCAGUUCAUCUACCUCCGCGGCCACUCUGCCGGAUCACCUACAGGCGCUGAACUAUCGCACCAUCUCCAAUGAGGAGUGCAACCAGAAGGGAUUCCGAGUGACCCGGAAUGAGAUCUGCGCCCUGUCUGUCCAGGGUCAAGGGGCAUGCGUGGGCGACUCUGGUGGACCCCUGAUCAAGCCCGGUGCCCAGCCCCACUUGGUGGGCAUCGUCUCCUACGGCUCAUCCACCUGUGCCCAGGGCCGGCCCGACGUCUACACGCGCGUGUCCAGUUUUUUGGCCUACAUCAGCCAGGUGAUCAACCAGGAUCUGGCCCAAUAA